AUGAUAAAAUACAAUCGUGAGGGUGAUUUAUUAUUCUCAUGUGCAAAGGAUCAUACGCCCAAUCUCUGGUAUAGUGAUACUGGUGAACGAAUUGGCACAUAUGUCGGUCAUUCGGGUGCCGUAUGGGCCUGUGACGUGAGUUAUCACUCGGAAAAACUACUUACAGCUUCAGCAGAUGCAAGUGUGAAGCUAUGGGAUGUACAAACAGGUGAAGAACUCUUUUCAUUUCCUCAUACAGGUCCAGCUCGCAGUGUGAACUUUAGUACGGGUGACAAGCAGUUUGUAUCGGUUGCUGACAAGUUUUCAGACCGACCAGCAGCCGUAUUUGUGUACGAUCUAGCAGACAAUGUAGCUAAUCAAAGUGCGGAGCCUGUGCUGACGAUUACCAAGCAUGGCCAUGAAGGUCGCAUUACUGGCGCCUAUUGGAUGCCGCUUAACAAAGCUAUCCUUACUACAGGUGGAGACGGCACCAUCAAGCUAUUUGAUCCUAAAACAGGAGACUUGCUGUCCAGUCAUGACAUUCACAUGGGAGAGAUUACCAAUGUCGCUUUUAACAAGUCCAAGACAUUGGCUAUUACGUCGUCGAAAGACAAUACAGCCAAGCUACUGGACGUUGAAACGAUGAAGGUACUUAAGGUGUACGAGACUGAUCGUCCAGUCAAUUCGGCAGCUAUUUCACCCAUUAAAGAACAUGUUGUGCUAGGCGGUGGACAGGAAGCUAUGAGUGUGACGACGACGUCAGGUCGCGUUGGCAAGUUUGAAGCGCGUUUUUUUCAUAUGGUCUUUCAAGAGGAGUUUGGACGUGUUAAGGGCCAUUUUGGACCGAUCAAUACGAUUGCUUUUCACCCAAACGGAAAGAGCUACGCGUCUGGAGCGGAAGAUGGAUACGUGCGACUACACCACUUUGACAAUGACUACCUCAAGCUCGACGUCAACAAGUAA